ACAGCUCAGAGAGCCAGCGAGAGAAAGGGCGGGGUGUGAGAAUGGACAGAUGGCCCCACAAGUUGCUUCCUGCUACAUAUCAGCCCCGCCCCUGUGACCCCACCCGCCGGGGGGGGGGGACAGCCAGGACGUGGGUGCAGCCGCACAGACUGUGCAGGGGACACCCAGGAAGGUCCGGUAGCCAGGACGCUGCCCGGUGGCCCGGCUCGCGGGAGAUGCAGGCCUGCGGCGUGGGGAGCUGCCUCCUGGCCACGCUCAGCCUGGUGCUGCUCUGCGUGGCUCUGUCCACCGACUACUGGCUCGUGGCCUACGGCCCCAGGGGCACGGCCCACAGCGGGCUCUGGCAGGAGUGCAUGGCCAAUGCGUGCAGGAGCCCAGACCGCAUCACCGGGUAUAUACAAGCCACACGGGCCUUCCUGAUCCUGGCCACGCUGGCCACCGCCGCGUCCGUCCUGUUCCUCCUGGUCUCCCUCACGUCCUGCCUCCACAGCCCUGUGAGCACCUACCUCCUGGCUGCCAUCACUGGCUUCGCCGCCGGCAGCUGCACCCUCAUUGCCAUGGGGGUGUUCAGCGGCGAAUCGUGGCACAAGAACUCGGACAGGAUGAUCCAGCUGACCUUCGAAUGGUCCUUCUACCUGGGCUGGGCCGCCCUGCCGCUGCUGGGCCUGGGCGGUGCCUUCGCCCUUGUGGCCCACAAGCGCCACUCGGGGUACGAGAGUGUGUGACCGGAGACCCGGAGAUAUGGGGGACUGGAUAGACCCCCCCAAAAGGCCGCUGCUGUCCCCUGCUGGAAUGGAGCCGGCAGCCCUAGAGGGGAAAGGCCCCGUGCCCCAUUCCCUGCCCCAGCCAGUCCCCGCCCGCUGCCGUGGGGCUGGAGGGCUCCCGUCCGUGGUUUUAGGGUCUGUUCUUCCUCGGGCCUUUUCCUGCUUUGAAAUAAAUUGUACCUCUGCAUCCAAACCCCGUCUCCCCCCAGUUACCGGCCCCAGAGCGGGGAUCGGGCCGGGUGGGCCCCGGGGCUGAUCGGGGGGCAGCCUGGAGCACGGGGGUUCCAGAAUCUUGGGGUUACCAUGGGAGUCAAGACGUGAUUAGAGCCAGGGGAGGGGGAGCCUGGCUCUUUGGCUCUAACGAUUAGGACAGACCCCGAGGGAUACCUGUCCAGUGCCCAGCGGUGGGGAGUCCCGGGGGUUAACCCCCCCCCAAUGCCCAGCGGCAGGGAGUCCCGGGGGUUAACCCCUCCAAUGCCCAGUGGCAGGGAGUCCCGGGGGUUAACCCCGCAAAUGCCCAGCGGCAGGGAGUCCUGGGGGUCAAGCCCGCCAGUGCCCAGCGGCAGGGAGUCCUGGGGGUUAACCCCACCAAUGCCCCGUGGUGGGCAGUCCUGGGGGUUAACCCCGCCAAUGCCCAGCGGUGGGCAGUCCUGGGGGUUAACCCCGCCAAUGCCCAGCGGCGGGCAGUCCUGGGGGUUAACCCCGCCAAUGCCCAGCGGCAGGGAGUCCUGGGGGUUAACCCCGCCAA